AUGAAACUAGUUCUGUACUAUCUGACACUGCUGGGGUCCAGUUAUGUGACUUCAACCUAUGGACCCCACCAGAGAGCUCAGAUGACUGGUGAUAUUCUGCUUGGAGGUCUUUUCCCCAUACACUUUGGUGUUGCAUCCAAAGACCAGGACCUCGCAGCCCGACCUGAAUCGACACAGUGUGUCAGGUUCAACUUUCGUGGUUUCCGUUGGCUCCAGGCCAUGAUUUUUGCCAUUGAUGAAAUAAACAACAGCAGCACUCUCCUUCCCAACAUCACUCUGGGCUACAGGAUCUUCGACACGUGCAACACAGUGUCCAAAGCCUUGGAAGCAACUCUUAGUUUUGUGGCCCAAAAUAAGAUUGAUUCUUUAAAUUUAGACGAGUUCUGCAACUGCACUGAUCACAUCCCAGCAACCAUUGCAGUGGUAGGAGCUGCUGGAUCUGCAGUCUCAACAGCUGUUGCAAACUUACUAGGACUUUUUUACAUUCCUCAGAUCAGCUAUGCGUCUUCUAGCCGCCUACUGAGCAACAAGAAUCAGUACAAAUCCUUCAUGAGAACCAUUCCCACAGACGAGUUCCAGGCCACAGCCAUGGCAGACAUCAUUGAGUACUUCCAGUGGAACUGGGUCAUUGCUGUGGCCUCAGACGACGACUACGGGCGACCAGGGAUUGAAAAGUUUGAGAAGGAGAUGGAGGAACGAGACAUCUGCAUUCAUCUCAAUGAACUCAUUUCCCAGUACUUUGAAGAACAUGAAAUCCAGGCUAUGGCAGACAGGAUCGAGAACUCAUCAGCUAAAGUCAUUGUUGUGUUUGCUAGCGGACCAGAUAUUGAACCUUUGAUUAAAGAGAUGGUCAAAAGAAACAUCACAGAUCGUAUCUGGUUAGCAAGUGAAGCCUGGGCAAGCUCCUCUCUUAUUGCUAGACCUGAGUAUCUUGAUGUUGUUGCUGGGACUAUUGGCUUUGCUCUAAAGGCAGGGCACAUACCUGGUUUUAGAGAUUUCCUACAACAAGUCCAACCUAAGAAGGACAGCCAUAAUGAGUUUGUCAGAGAGUUCUGGGAAGAAACCUUUAACUGUUACCUGGAGGACAGCCCCAGACUGCAGGAAUCUGAGAAUGGAAGCACAACAUUCAGGCCUUUGUGCACUGGAGAGGAAGACAUCACAAGUGUUGAGACGCCCUACCUGGACCACACCCAUCUUCGUAUCUCCUACAAUGUCUAUGUCGCAGUUUAUUCCAUUGCACAAGCCCUGCAGGACAUACUCACCUGCACACCUGGACAUGGACUUUUUGCCAACAAUUCUUGUGCAGAUAUAAAGAAAAUGGAAGCAUGGCAGGUCCUGAAGCAGCUCAGACAUCUGAACUACACCAACAGUAUGGGUGAAAAGAUAAACUUUGGAGAGAAUGCAGACUUGGCAGCAAACUACACCCUCAUAAACUGGCACAGGUCUACCGAGGAUGGCUCAGUGGUGUUUGAGGAGGUGGGGUACUACAAUAUACACACCAAGAGAGGGGCCAAACUGUUCAUCGACAAAACAAAGAUCCUGUGGAAUGGAUACAGUUCAGAGGUGCCGUUCUCUAACUGCAGUGAGGACUGUGAACCUGGUACAAGAAAGGGGAUCAUAGACAGCAUGCCUACAUGCUGCUUUGAAUGCACUGAGUGCUCAGAUGGAGAGUACAGCAAUCAUAAAGAUGCUAGUGUUUGCAACAAGUGUCCGAAUAACUCCUGGUCCAAUGGGAAUCACACGUUCUGCUUUCUAAAGGAAAUCGAGUUCUUGUCAUGGACAGAACCAUUUGGGAUAGCUUUGGCCAUAUGUGCGGUAGUCGGCGUUGUCCUGACAGCCUUUGUGAUGGGAGUCUUUGUCAAGUUUCGUAACACUCCAAUAGUAAAGGCCACAAACCGGGAACUGUCCUACGUGCUUCUCUUCUCCCUCAUCUGUUGCUUCUCUAGCUCUCUCAUCUUCAUCGGAGAACCCCAGGAUUGGACGUGCCGUUUGCGACAGCCUGCCUUUGGGAUCAGUUUUGUCCUCUGUAUCUCCUGCAUCCUGGUGAAAACUAACAGAGUUCUUUUGGUAUUCGAAGCCAAGAUCCCUACAAGCCUCCAUCGUAAAUGGUGGGGGUUAAACCUGCAGUUUCUGCUGGUGUUUCUGUGCACGUUUGUCCAAGUCAUGAUAUGUGUGGUCUGGCUGUACAACGCCCCUCCUUCAAGCUACAAGAACCACGACAUUGAUGAGAUCAUUUUCAUCACUUGUAAUGAAGGUUCUGUGAUGGCUCUUGGCUUUCUCAUUGGGUACACCUGCCUCCUUGCUGCAAUAUGUUUCUUUUUUGCUUUCAAGUCACGCAAACUUCCAGAAAACUUCACAGAGGCCAAGUUCAUCACCUUCAGCAUGCUCAUCUUCUUUAUUGUUUGGAUCUCUUUUAUUCCUGCAUACUUCAGUACUUACGGCAAGUUUGUUUCAGCCGUGGAGGUCAUUGCUAUCCUGGCUUCUAGUUUUGGGAUGCUGGCUUGCAUCUUCUUCAAUAAAGUCUACAUCAUCCUCUUCAAACCGUGCAGGAACACCAUCGAGGAAGUCCGUUGCAGCACCGCAGCCCAUGCUUUCAAAGUGGCUGCAAAAGCAACGCUGAAACACAACUCAGCUGCAAGGAAGAAGUCCAGCAGCAUCGGAGGGUCCUCUACCUCAUCUCCGUCCUCGUCCAUCAGCCUGAAGACCAAUGGCAAUGAUUGUGACCCUGGAAAGCACAAGCCCAGAGUGAGCUUUGGCAGUGGAACAGUGACUCUGUCUUUGAGCUUUGAGGAGUCGAGGAGAAGCUCUCUGAUGUGA